CUGACUGUUGAAACCUUCUCAAACGACCACCAAUAAAGUGCAGCUGCCUGUAGCACAAAACACCACAUCAAAAGCUGCACAUUGCACGAGAGGAGGAACCUUUAAUCGGCGAUACAUUUCAUCACACGGAGCGCUUUAAGUGACGCGCACUUAAUGGAACGGAACUGGAGCAAGAAACUUUAUCUGGGUAGACGAAAUGCAUCUUGAAACCCUUGAAUUCAGGUCAAUGCUACAUAAACACGACCGCACGCGCUGACAGAUCAGAGCUCAGCUGCUUUAAUCUUCACAACAGUGUUAUUGUUCAGCUGUAACAGACUCGAAUCGUGCAUCUCAUCUGAUGAAGAUGAUGAUAAACUGCAUCCAAAAAUCUGUGAUCAGGAUCCACACACUUUCACGCGCAUCCGUGUGCCGUGGCCUAUCAUCUGUGUCUGGUCCAAAAGUUUGUGUGGUGGGUGGAGGACCAGCAGGUUUUUACACCGCACAGCAGCUUCUAAAGGCACGACAAGAUGCAGUUGUUGACAUUUAUGAACGGCUUCCUGUGCCAUUUGGACUGGUGCGGUUUGGGGUCGCCCCUGAUCAUCCUGAGGUCAAGAAUGUUAUAAACACUUUUACACAAACAGCCCACCACGAUCGAUGCAGUUUCCAUGGUAAUGUGAACGUAGGAAAAGACAUCAGUAUUGAGGAAUUAAGGCAAGCCUACCAUGCUGUUGUUUUGAGCUAUGGAGCAGAAGGAAAUCGUUCAAUGGGAAUUCUAGGGGAAAACUUACCGGGUGUUUUUUCAGCUAAAGACUUUGUUGGAUGGUACAAUGGGAUUCCCGCUAAUAAAGAGUUGUCUCCUGACCUCAGCUGUGAUACGGCUGUGAUAUUGGGUCAGGGGAAUGUGGCCCUGGACGUAGCCCGGAUUCUUCUGUCACCGCUGGACAUGUUGAAGAAAACCGAUAUUACCCAGCAUGCACUGGAAGCUUUAGCAACCAGCAGAAUAAGCCGGGUUUUGAUCAUCGGCAGAAGAGGUCCUCUUCAGAUAGCAUGUACCAUCAAGGAACUCAGAGAAAUGGUGAAUUUGCCAAACACAAGAGCUGAUAUGCUGCUCAGUGACUUUAAAGAAAUUGGAGAAACUUUAAAAGAUCUGCCCAGGCCGAGGAAAAGAUUGACUGAGUUGCUGAUAAAGGCGAUGAAUGAAAGAAAUGAUAAAGCGGAGAAGUCCUGGAGCUUCCGGUUCUGUCGCAGUCCUGUGGAGGUUCUUGCAGCGUCCGAUGGGAAAAGAGCUGCAGGAAUCCGAUUGGCUGUUAAUAAACUUGAGGGGUCAGGAGAAAGCGUGAGAGCGGUGCCCACGGAUAAACUGGAGGAUGUGAACUGUGGUUUAAUCAUCAGCAGUAUUGGAUAUAAAAGCAUUCCUAUCGAUCCUGCCGUGCCCUUUGACCACCGAAGGGCUGUCGUGCCCAAUGACACGGGAAGAGUGCAGGACGUGUCAGGUCUGUAUUGCAGCGGCUGGGUUAAACGUGGACCUACCGGUGUGAUUGCCACCACCAUGAAUGAUAGUUUUGAUACGGCACGUGUUUUACUACAGGACAUGGAUACAGGCAAGCUAGACCUGUCAAUCAAAAAACCGGGCGCACAGGCCGUAGCUGCUCUUCUACAAACACGAGGUGUGAGAACAGUUUCGUUUACCCAAUGGGAAAAGAUCAACGCAGAGGAAGAGAGGAGAGGAAAGCCCCAUGGAAAACCCAGGGAGAAACUUCUGGACGUAGGGGACAUGUUAAAAAUCGCCUGGUCCUGAGAUUAACUGGGCAGGGAUACAGGGAAGAUUGUCUGAUGGCCAUGUGAAUGUUUGUGGAUCUUAUUACAGACAACGAGUCUGGAAGGGAUUGCACUUCCAGACUCAGUGACUACAUUACAAUGUGGUCAAAACACCAAUGAGACUUUUUCAACAAAGUUCCCCCAUAAGACAUUUCCUGUGUAAAACACAGAUGAAUAUGUGGAAGUCAUUUAAAUGUCGUUUGUCACAGAAGAUUAUAAGGUUAUAAUUACAAAUGAUGUCUUUUUGACAUUUAAAUAUAUAUAGUAUAUAUAGUAACAGGUGACGUGGAUGUAUUUGAUCUGCCUUUUCAUCUUUUAUGAAGCUUGAAAACCUUUGUUCGCCUGUGUGCUUUUAUUUUAUAAAGUGACCAUUGUGUGUGAUUUAAAAAAUAAUAUAUUGUUUUAAAAUGAAUAUGCAUAUGAAUGCAUCUGUAAAAAUCUUUUAAAGUAUGAAGUAACAGGAGAUGUCCGGCCGAUGUUGUCAGGAGAGGAGAGGAAUUAUGAUUAUAAUCGCUGCUGUUUAUUGUAAGCACUACUGAUUCAAAUCUUACAGGUUAAACCAGUCAAAGAUACGAAAAUAUGCAUGUCAUUCCUGUUGUCUUAGCUUUUUGAAAUUUUUCAUAAUAAACAAAUGUGAAUAAUU